AUGGCUGCGCUACCUGCCUGGAACCUGCUCAAAGGCAAAACCGCCGCCAUCACCGGUGGCACCACUGGAAUUGGUCGUGCAAUUGUACUCGCAUACAUCAGCCAAGGAUGUAAUGUUGCUGUGAACCACUUGGGUCUUGACAAGGAUGAAAAUCUCAGACACAGUCUUCUUGAAGAGGUCAAGGCGAUUGAGGACACGGGUAUACAGGCGGGCAAGAUCCUAGAGCUUGCCGGCGAUGUCACAAAGCCGGAGACCAGCACCAGUCUCAUCCAGGAGGCUGUCUCAAAAUGGGGGAAACUGGACAUUUUCGUCGCUAAUGCGGGCGUUUUCAGACCAGCGGAGCUUUUGAAGAUUGAACCAUCUCUUUUAGAUCACACUGUGGAUGUCAAUGUCAAGGGAACUUUCUACUCCUGCCAAGCUGCUGCCCGUCAAAUGGUGAAACAAGGGCACGGUGGUUCCAUCAUCGGUGUUUCCUCUGUUAGCGCUCUACUUGGCGGUGGGUUUCAAACCCACUACACUCCUACCAAGGCCGCCAUUCUCUCUAUGAUGCAGUCUAUGGCUAUUGCUCUUGGCAAGGAUAAGAUUCGAUGCAAUGCCCUGAUGCCCGGUACAAUUGGAACAACGCUCGCCCUCCACGACCUGAGGGAUCCCGCAAAGAUGGCCGCCCUUGAGGAGCGUAUUCCUCUUGGUCGAAUUGGAGACCCGAACGAUAUGGCUGGCCCAGCGGUUUUCUUAGCUUGCGAGGAGAUGAGUCGUUAUGUGAACGCCACCGGGUUGCUAGCAGACGGUGGAAUGUACAGUAAAUUGCAGUAA